CCUCCCUGAUCUACUACCACCACCCGCCGCUACCAAUCUCUCAGCGAAUGAUGUUGGGGAGCUGGUUCAACAGGAAAGAACUAACAGAAAAUAGCGAUAAAUUUCCAACGACGCUUAGAGAACCUAGCCCCAUACAAGCAUUCGAAGAACCUCGCAAAUAUCCCCCCCAUUCAUUGGCAGGGCAAUUGUCUACCCCUCACGACGCCCUUUUCGUUGAUCCAGCAGGAACGUAUACAGAUGGGCAUAGUCAAAAGCAACCCCCUAUUUUCGAUCUCUCUCCAACAUCUGCAGUUCUCAUCGCCCCAGGUCUAGAUACUCUGGUUGACCCUUUCGACGGGUCAGUUUUGGGAAAGAUGACUCUACCUGAUCCUAACCUCACCAACGAGAAUAUCCCAAUGGGCGAAGAGAUAAACCAAAAUGAAGAGCUCUGGUCGCACCUUUCUCGUGUCUUGGAGCUUCAAAGUGACAUUGCAAAGCUUCACAUGGGCAUGGAAGGUAUCAUGGGGGAAUAUGGAAAGGGAAAGAAUAAGGGAAAGGUGACACCCAAUCUAGGAAAGAAUAAAGAUGCGAUGGAAAGCAGACACAAAGUCACACGCAUUAGUAGUGUGUUGGACGACCCAGAUCAUGUAGGGGAAGAUGAGGGAGUCGAGGUAGGACCAAAAGAUGAUGAAGAGGAGAGAAGAAGUCGAGAACGAGAAGAAGAGUUUGCGCGGCUUGCCGAUCAGUUUGAAGGAAGAAAGGAGGGUAUAAAUGAAAUUAUGCUCAAGCUGGAUGACUUGUCUCAGGCUUUGACCGAGUUCCAUGCUCUUCAAGAGCCAAAGGUCAACUUUCCUCCUUCCCGUCAUAGUUCUGUUCCCAUUGGAUCCGCGCCAUCUUCACCCACGUCGAUGGAUCAUACACGCACCACAUUUACCCCCAUACCUCCACUAACACCUAUAAUCCCCAUUACUCCCCCAUCGAAGACGGAGCGUAUAGUAAGUCCGUCCCGUUUGGUGGACAGCCCGGUCUCUACAACAGAAAGUACCUUCGCGAAACGUUAAUAAAUCAAGAACGCGGUGAUUGCUUCCUCGACUUUAAUCUGCUUUGCCACUGCUGAUGUCUCCCAUAGUCCAACAGCUUGGCGGAGCCUGUGGAGUCCUACCACGACUAUAACAUGAGGUUACUCCAUCUGUCCCUUAAUUCGUGUCAUCGCAGGAGAAUCUAAUCUUCGUAAUCAUGACCAGUUCAGCACCGUCUCUCUAUGUUCGCAAAGCAGCGCCACAGUUCUAUCUGUUCACGGGAGUAACACGACUAAAACACGAGGCAAAGGUGUUUAUUUUUAAUACAGGAAACAGGACCGACGUUGGCCAGUAUAAUCCGAAUAAUGGUUAGUAUUGACUAGGCCGCACGUAUGUAAUGUAUGAGGACACUGUACAGGAAUCCAUUGGCAUGCGUGAAUAGGUCUGCUCGAGUUAUAGGCUC